UUCUUCCAUUUCUGUUUGUCUGAGGGGAUUUUGACUUUCCCGAGAAAGCUCGGGGAAAUAAAGGAAAAUGGUUAGAAUGACGAAAAUGACACUGAUGCCUAUGGAGCUUCCAGCUCUGCAGUCCGAUUGGUGGGACGAGAUCAAUGAGUCCACUAAGUGGCAGGAUGGCAUCUUCUAUACUCUCUGCGCCGCUUAUGCCCUAGUUUCCUCUGUUGCUCUGAUACAAUUGAUAAGGAUUGAACUGAGAGUGCCCGAAUAUGGUUGGACGAUACAGAAAGUUUUCCAUCUCAUGAACUUCAUUGUUAACGGAGUGCGUGCAAUUGUGUUUGGAUUUCACAAACAAGUAUUUGUAUUGCAUCCCAAGGUACUUACACUUAUACUGUUGGAUCUUCCUGGCCUUCUAUUUUUCUCCACGUACACAUUACUUGUCUUGUUUUGGGCAGAGAUUUACCAUCAGGCAAGAAGCUUACUAACGGAUAAACUACGAAUUUUUUAUGUGUCAAUCAAUGCUGUUAUUUACGUUAUACAGGUCUGUCUCUGGGUAUACCUCUGGAUUGAUGACAACAGUGUGGUGGAAUUUAUUGGAAAAAUAUUUAUUGCAGGUAAGUGUUACGGUGAAUCAUCAAAACAAGUUCACAAGGUUUAUCUCUGGGUAUUGCUCAUUUUUCUUAAAGGAAAUCUUUUGCAUUUUAAGUCUUUUUUUACUCUGCCACUUAUUUCGCUAUUCUUUUCUCCAGUGGUGUCAUUUGUAGCUUCAUUAGGAUUCUUGUUAUAUGGAGGAAGAUUGUUUUUCAUGCCAACACGAUUCCCUAUUGAAUCAAAAGGAAGAAGGUAGAAGCUUCACGAGGUUGGAUCUGUUACAGCCAUUUGUUUCACGUGCUUCCUUAUUAGGUGCUUCGUGGUGGUUUUAUCUGCCUUCGAUGAGGCCGUGUCACUUGAUGUUUUGUACCAUCCAGUUUUGAACUUGAUCUAUUACAUGGUGGUUGAGAUCCUACCUUCAGCUCUAGUGCUGUACAUCUUGCGUAAGUUGCCUCCGAAGAGGGUAUCCGCUCAAUAUCACCCAAUCCGUUAAGUGAAAUGCUGUACACAGAUGGUUCUGGAAUGUUUCAGAGGGUCAGUUACUUUUUCCAGUUGAGUGAUGGAAGCAGAACGAGAAGUAGAACUGGAAUGGUUCAUGAUGCAUGCAAAAAAAAAAGUUUGUAUGUGACAUGGCUGUUUGCAGCUUUC